AUGGCGGAACCAAAAUUAAACAUCAUCAUUGUCGGCUCCGGCUUAGCAGGCUUAGCAGCCGCCAGUACUCUUCGAGAACACCACAAUGUCACCGUCUACGAGCGUGGCAGCCAAGAUGUCGCGACCGGUGGACAAGGCCUGUCCAUCUAUCCCAAUGCUGAGAAAAUACUCAAGACCGUAGGAUUCAGCGCUAAUCGCGCUGGUGCCGUCGGUUGCCAAGGGUACCGCUCUUUUGAUAAGAGCGGCAAGAGGUUUGAUGAUUUCCCAAUCGACUUCCACGCUCGAUAUGGCGGCGAUAUGUUGCUCAUGAAGCGGUCUGAUUUCAGAGCCGAACUUCUACGUCUCGCAACAGCCCCGGCCCAGGAGAUAGAUGGUGUCCGUGGCGAGCCUGCCAAGAUCUUUUUCAACACUCCAGUGGUUGAUUUGAACCCAGAGACAGCGACUAUCACCUUGAAAGACGGCUCCACUGUCCAAGGUGAUGUGGUGGUUGUUGCCGACGGCGUCCACUCGGCUUUACGCCAUCGGAUCACGGGCGACAAGGCUCACGCCCCAAAGAAGACUGGACUUACCCUUUUCCGUCUUGCUGCUUCGAUUGAGGAUAUGAAGCGAGUCCUGGGUGACUCCUCAGAUUGGCUGCCUCCACCAAAGGAUGACAACCGCCUCAACUUUGUCCUAGCUGGGGACAACACCAACCGUGUCAUCUCAUGGCAUGCAGACGGAGAGAAGGAAGAGAUGUUAGAGGUCUACAAGGACUUCCCCGAAGAGAUCCUCAAGAUCAUGAGUGUGGCAACGGAACUCAAAAUCUGGGAUCUUCAGGAUAUGGACCCGCUCCCAAACUGGAAUCGAGGGCGGUCCAUCCUCAUUGGCGAUGCUGCUCACGCCAUGACUCCUCUUCAAGGCCAAGGUGCGAACUUGGCCGUGGAAGAUGGAGAGGGUCUUCAACUUCUUCGCCCCGGAAUGUCCCACGAGGCAAUCGCAUCAGUGCUGCAGACAAUCGACAAAGUUCGGCGACCACGCGCGACAAGAAUUCUCCUUGACACUCGUAAACAAGCCAGGAAUGCUACGAUGGAAGAGAGGUUGUCAAAGCUGGACUUCAAUUGCAGUUACAAAUCCAUCCAUGAGGUCCUCAAGGCCGACACUUCGGGAGGAAAAUGA